AUGCCUCCAAACUACCACCCAUACGGAGGGUUUCAUCCUGGUAUUCCAUAUGAAGCCAACUUUAGCUUUCCUCCUGCUGGAAUGUUUGGAAGAGGAGCUACAAUUGAAGGUGUUCGGUCUUCAUCACCAGUUGAGUCCAUGGCUUAUAGCCAUGGUGAUGUUGGGUCAGGUCCGGCAUCACCGAUAUCUCCUGUACAACAUAAUAAUAUGAAUGCAGAUAUCAGCAAUCAAGAAGUCUGGAGUGAUACUAGUGAAGGUGAAGAAAAGAAGUCUGGUCGUAUGCAUUGGAGUGAGGAAGAGGAUCUCAAACUGUUUAGUGCUUGGUUGCAUCAUUCUGUGGAUCCAGUGAAGGGGAAUUCACAAAAGGGUGAAAGCUUUUGGAAGAAUAUUGUGGCAGAAUUCAAUAGCAAUGUCAGACCUGAAAGAAGAAGAACAGUUGCACAAUGCAAAACCCACUACACCAAGAUAAAUAAGCUCGUGGUCCAUUUCAAUGGAUGCUGGAUUAGAAUGCAUCAUGCAUAUCGCAGUGGACAAUCUGACGACCAGAUUAUGGCAAAAGCCCAUGCAGUUUACAAAAGAGAAACACAGGGGAGAGCAUUCACGCUAGACUAUUGGUGGAAAGCAGUGAAUGACCAACCAAAAUGGGCAAAGAGAAGCGAGAACCAAGAAAUGGCUGCAAACAAGAGAUUGAAGCAAACUGAAUCAGGGGCUUACACAUCUUCUUCAAACCAGGAAAGUGAGGAUGGAGAGCCUGUAGAGCGAUCUCGACCAGAAGGACAGAAGAAAGCAAAAGCUAAAAUGAAAGGGAAAGAGAAGAAGCUCACACCAGAAAUGAGUUUGGAAAGCCUUAAAGCAGAGAGAAUGAAAGCUUAUCAUGAAGCAACAAAGGUGAGAGCAGAAGCCGUGGAAAAGGCAGCAAAAGCAACAAUAGAGAAGACAAAGGUCGAAAUGCUGGAAAAGUACCUGAACUUGUUGGCUGAAGAUACUACAGGGUACAACGAUAAGCGGAAACAAGGCCAUGAUAGUGCAUUGAGUUAUUUGCAGUCCUAG